UCAGUGACUAAACACAGACGGUCAGCUCACGGCGUGGAGUCGAACGACAGAGGUUAGCUGGGACGACUAUCAGGUCUUCCAUAUAUAGGUGAAAUAUAUAACCUCUACAGGGCAGCUUCAAGGGUAAGCAGCAAUGUGUAUGUGAGUGCUCCAGUGGAUGGCCUGAAACGAGUUUAUUAGUCCUUAUAAAUAUUAGUUCAAUGGUACAUUUUCGUCAGGCUCCCUUAGUUAUCAAUAAAUAACUUAAAUCUGCAAACGGCAGCUAAGGGACGGCUUUAUUUCAGUUAGUCUGUCUCACGCCAAUAGGUUAAAGGUAAUCUCUCCCUCUCGAGGGGCGUGCAGUGACGUCACGGAGGGGGGUUGCCCCGCUCCGUAAAGCAGUCCGACCGGAGACUAAACAGAAACGACGAGGAGAGCGGAAAUGAGGAGACUCCAACUUCAAAAUAAAGCCCACACAAAUUAGGAAAUUGUCAUCCACUUUAAUGUCCCAGUGAAGCACUAUUGUUUAACAUGGUUAAAUAUAAACGGCACCUUUUCAUACAUCUUUACAUUAAAUGCAGUUUUAAUGUAGACAAUGGUCACACUUCAUGUUUACCCAAAACACAAUAACCGUACGCACCAUAAUAUUGUAAAGAUUAAUGUAAUUUUGUAGUGAUGCUAAAAUCAAUGGAAUUUGUAAAAAAUAAUAUUCUCAAACCAUGCCUCGUUCACUCGGGUUAAUCUCUUAAUCAUAUAUAUUUUUUAAGCUACGGUCUGCCAUAUAAAUAAAACACCCUUUUCAUAGUCAACAGUACGAAAUAACAUUUAGUACUGAAAUUAUCUCCCCAUUUUACUCCGUCUAUUUGAAAGAAAAACCCCAUCUUUCCCAUUUCAUGUGCACUAUUGCAUUUACAGGAUGUCAAAUAGCACAUUAGUUGAAAAAACGUUUCUCUGCAGUCCAACAUAUAAAGUGAGUACAGAUAAUAUAGUGUAAUAGAUUUUGAAAAAAAAAACAUUGAGACAACAUAUAUCGAAAUGUAAUUUAAUGUGUGGUGAAAGUAGAGGCGCCUCUGGGCUUUCUAUAUUGAUAUUGUGUUGGCUGUCCACAAGAGGUCCUCGCCUGAUGUCCACUCCCAAGAAUGUGUUGCUGCUCACUCUAUAUCAGCACCAUUGAUGGUCAGCGGUGUCGAGUGUGGCCUCUCCGGAAGUCAACAACAACCUCCGUGGUCUUGCUGUUAUUCAGAAGGAGGUUCUUGUUGUUGUCUCUGCACCACGUGGUUAGAAGGCUGACCUUCCUCAAGUGGGUCUCAUCAUCUUUGGUGAUGAGACCCAACACUAACACUACCUUUGAGAGUAUUUUUAGCAUUUUAGAAACGCAUCUUUUCAAACUUUAUCUGGAUUAAAAAACAGAUUAGCACUUCAGUGACACUUAAAUGGCACUUACUUAUGAUACUUUUGUAGUACUUAUUGUAAUCACUUUGGAUAAAAGCGUCUAAUUAAUGACAUGUAAUUUCUAUUAAUACUAAAUAUUAAAUACGUCAAUUAAAUAUGUACAGUGUGUAGUCAUCUAAAUAAUGUACGUAUUUAAUUAACUGUUCGUGUUUUUAAAUGGUGUUUGGUGAUCUGACGCAGCAUAGGUAACCAAACACCUCUCGUCAAACUGGCAUCGCAAGUCGCAGACUAUCUGGUAUUUUAUUUUGAAAACCCCAGCCCGGAAGUCACGUUCUUCAUUCUUGACAGCUUGACGCCGGCCCAGCGUUGAAGCUUUUACGUCCUGAUGAGAAUAUCCCAACAGCGUGCGUUGUCCUUGUGUUCCGGUCGGAGGUGUCGCAGUCGGUCCCGAGCCUUGUGUCCCGCGUGGAGUGUCAGUGCGCGCGCGCGUCAGGAGCCACAAGGUGACUCCGACUGCCUGACUGAUUGAUCCCGGGCGCGUGGAGCCGCGUUCUCCUUGGGUGACCUCCACGCCACCUCUCGUAGUAGCAGCAGCAGCAUACGCCGGUCCAGUAGAACUCUUAACACCUGCCGGUUCCGAGGUGCAGCGGAACCGAUAUUCAACAGCGGGAGACACGUCGGAGCGAGUCUGCUGCAGGCGGAGCCGCUGACCGGGAGAGAAAAGAAAAGAAAAGCACCAAAAAAAAGAAAGAAACCACGCUGCGAAUUUUUCUUUUUUUACCCUCGUUGGGGGCGGAGCUUGGAGUGGAUCGAUGCGCUCACCUGGUGAUUCAUAAGAAUCCUUCCAGAAUAUCUGGGCGUUCACAUGAUGUACACGAUCACCAGAGGUCCCAGCAAACUUGUUACCCAACGGAGGACAGGUCCCACACAACAAGUCGAGAGCAAAUUCAGCGACUUGAAGCUCAAGCCGACGUCGUGGCUCUUAUCGAACUCUCCGCCCCCGAAGAUCGUCUUCAACCGUCUGAAUGGGAAGCGUUACCACGGUGCGGACACGCAGAAGGCCGCCGGCCCCGCCGAGGGGUUCCCCCCCGCUCACGAGGACAACGUCCGAUUUGUGUAUGAAGCAUGGCAGCAGGUGGAGCAGAAGCUGGGGGACGACGGGGAGCCAGCUGCCAGCCAGGGGCCCGUUCAGUACACCGAGAAGACCCCCGGUGCUGCGAUGAAGAACUUCGUGCCCAUCGACCUGGAGGAGUGGUGGGCUCAGCGCUUCCUCGCCAACAUCGCCAACCUGUGCUGACGGCGGCCGUGAGGCGGGACAGGAAGUGCCACGCCGAUGCUCCGCUGUGAGGCCCCCCCCCCCUCCCCCGAGGGCAGGCGGGUUCUCCGGGGGCCGAGGCGCUGAAGGGUCGUUCAUAAUUUGGAAAUCUGAUUUCUUGCCCUGUGCUUCAUGCUGCUGCAGAGACCCCCCCCCAACACACACACACACACCCCCCAUAACCGACAGCGACCCGACUUAACUCUCAGGGCUCUGACUUGAAGACGCCAUGGAGGACCCGCCUCACCACGUGGAUGACGUAUCACCCCUCGAGUGUCCUCGGCCGUGUGUGUGUGUGUACGACUUGGCUGAUCUCCGGAUAUAAAACUAUCUGGAGAUCAAAAGAAGUAAAAUGUUUUUUCAAAAACG